UUGCGAGAACAAGAAUUAUCUUUAGAAGAUUUAGAUGAUGAUAUGUCUUCCUAUAUAUAUGAAGAUAAACUGGAGAGAAAGUUUGUUACGGUCUGGAAUAAAUUAUGUCAGUUAAAAGGUAGAAAUAAAACAACAGGAAGACCAGCUGAGCGUGUGUUUAAUUAUUCUGGGACAAGAUAUGAAGAAAUGAAUAAGAAACUAGAAAGAUUAGUCAAUAAACAUAAAGAAUUCCCUGAUUUUCAUGAUGUUAAAAAUGUUAUAAAAAAGGUGAAUAAUAAAUCCAGUCUGGGUCUAAGUGCUGGUCAAAUAGAUAGUAUAGCUAGAGAGUCGUUUCUAGAUGUUGGUAAUAUGUUACAAGAACGACGACACAAAGAUUUUAUGUGUACAUUUAAAUGUCGGGUACAGGAUAAUUUCUCAUUUGAGCGAGACCCAGCUCUAUAUGAUGUAGAAUUACAACGUAAAUUAGAGAAUAAUAGAAAACAGGGUAAAGAUAAAUUAGAAGAGGUUAUCAAUAAGUUUGCUGAUAAACAGAUCUAUGAUGAUGAUGGUGAUGAGAACCAGGGUGGAGGGGAGGAAGGGGAAGAGAAGAAAGAGAAGGAGGGAGGGGAGACAUCACAAGAUGAAGAAGAAGAGGAAGAGGAAGAAGAAGUUGUGGAAGACAUUGAAGGUAGGACCAAAUGUUUGGAUUGUACUACAUAUAUUUUUGGACAUAACCACAGUUAG